AUGGAUCUCGACAUUGAAAUGGACGAUGCCGUCCAGGAGCCUCUCAUGGAAGAGCAGAUCCUAAACUCGACUGCCGAUGACAUCCUUCAACCCGAUGAGCCAGAAGAACUGGGCGAGGUUGUCGAAGAUCCCAUAGUUGACAAGAGCGACGAAGCGCGGACUAUAGUCCCGACAAAAGUACAUAUCCACGGCCUCGACACAAUGAACACCGACGACAUAAAAAAAUACGUCAAGGCGCACUAUGGCGACACCGAUCGCGUCGAGUGGAUCGACGACUCGUCGGCCAAUCUCAACUUUCCAUCAGAGUCCUCCGCACGCGAUGCCUUGAUCGCACUAUCAUCUAUUGCAAUUGCCGACCCGACUGCCCUCUCCGUCGGCGAGAGCUUGGUCGCCAAGCCUCUCGAGGGACGACCCGAGAUCUCUCUCCAUGUCCGUUACGCCGUCCUCUCUGACAAGAAAGCGCCCGGCGCGGCCCAACGCAGUCGCUUUUACCUUCUCAACCCCGAAUAUGAUCCCGAGGAGCGCAGGCGACACCAACAGCAGCGACGAUACCGCGAUAGAGACCACCGUCGCAACGACAGCCGGGGCCGGAGACGUGAGUCGAGAGAGGAGACGGGCAUCCGAUUCGAAGCAAGCAUGUACGACGAUGCGCCCAAGCCGCAGCGCCGUCGCUCCUCAGAUUUCUCCGAGCACAACCGACCUGAUAAUAAAGGCAAGGAGCUGUUUGCGAGCGGCGGACGGAGCAGCAGGAGGAGAAAUGAUAGAUCCUUGUCCCCGCGACGGGACAAUGACGGUGACAAUUCCAUGGGCGAAGGGGGGCGGGCGAGCUCUCACGGGAACAGGGCUACGGCCCGGUCGCUCAAGGAGAGGAUAUCAAACGGCAACAACCGCUCGAAAGAGCUUUUCCCCACCAAGGCCUCUGGACGCGGCGGUCAACUCGACCAGCUGGAGAGCGCCAUUGGAUCGGCCCGCCUUAGAGAAGAGGACCGUCCGAGGGUAGUCGACGCGCCUUCUGUACCGCGCAAGGGGGCCGACAGCUUCAACAUUCGUGGGUCAGCGAACCAACGAGGCGAAGUUGGGCAAGGUUUCAGCAUCAGGGGCUCUGCUGCCAAUGCAAAGGAGCUGUUUCCAUCCAAGUUGGGUGGGACCAACGCGGGCAAGGAGCUGUUGGAAGGACGGAAGAACAAGCCCAGACAGCGCGCAGAGGAUCUUUUCGGAUAG